CAAACGCUGAUUGCUUGCCCAGGGUCCAAUCAAAAUUAAAGAUGGCCCUGUGUUUAUUUGAUUUGCUUGCAUUGUCUUGUACCUCAUGUGGUGUACAAUGGUUUGCCUAUUUCUGAUAGACCGUGUGGUCUUUUGCUUUUCUAUGUUUUUGCUGUUUAUAACAGAUAAUUUCUUCAAUAAAAAUUCAGUUAAAAAAAUGCUGGCUGCCGUUCCAUGCACACGGUGCAGUCCAUGUCAUACUUGAGGACGCUCAGAGCCCGGUCAUGGUCUGGCACAGCAGGGGUGGGCAGGCUGGUAUGCGAUGUGGUAUUCAGCCUGUCCGCUCAGGAAUGCGGGGGAGCUGGGUGACAAGGCUGCACUAAAACCAGAUCCCCAGUCACAUCUAUCAGCGAGGAGAGAGAACAGACGGCAGGUGGCGGCGGAUGAUGCUCCGAGAUGCCAGUCUUCCGUGCAGGUCAAUUUUGUGACAUGUCAGCUGUUUGCUCUUUUCAUUGCUGUGUGGUUCCGUACUUACCUGAGUUCCCGACAAGCACAUGUUACUAUUCGUCAUGUCAUUGCCACAAUUAUAGGUGUUUACCUUGCAGUGUUUUGCUUUGGGUGGUACUCUUUGCACAUAUUUUCUUUGGUUCUUUUGAGCUACUGCAUCAUGAUCUAUGCAAGUACUGAAAAAGUACACAGUUACUCUUUUAUACUUGCCCUGGGAUACCUAACACUAUGCCAGAUUAACCGAGUGUACAUAUUUAACUAUGGUAUUCUUUCAACAGAUUUUUCUGGUCCUUUGAUGAUUGUAACACAGAAAAUUACAACAUUGGCUUUCCAGCUACAUGAUGGGAUGUGCCAACAUCAAGAUUUGCUGAGCAAGCAACAAUUACAAGAUUCUAUAAAGCAAAAACCAACUUUUCUGGAGUACAUUAGCUACCACCUCAACUUUAUGAGUAUUUUGGCCGGGCCAUGUAGCAAUUUCAAUGAGUAUGUUGGGUUUAUUGAAGGACGACAUAUACAAUCAAAGUUGCCAGAAGUCAAAGGAAAAAAAUGUGUUGAUCCUUCUCCUACUAAUGCUGUGAUAACUAAGCUACUGAUUUGUGUGGUGUCACUCAUUCUCUUCCUAACCAUAUCCAAAGCUUUUCCGCUUAAAUAUAUGUUGGACGAUAAGUUCAUUGAUGAAUCUUCAUUGUAUUGGAAACUUUUCUACCUUUAUAUUUCAACAAUGGCUUGUAAACCUAAAUAUUACUUUGCUUGGACAUUAGCUGAUGCAGUAAACAAUGCGGCAGGAUAUGGAUUUAAUGGAAUAGAUAAAGAUGGCAACUAUCGUUGGGAUUUGAUUAGUAAUCUGAAUAUAUGGAAUAUAGAGAUGGCUCAAAGUUUUAAAAUGUAUAUAGACAAUUGGAAUAUCCAGACUGGUGCUUGGUUAAAGAGAGUUUGCUAUGACAGAGCUCCAAAAUAUCGUACAGGUUUGACAUUUCUUCUUUCGGCUAUUUGGCAUGGUGUUUAUCCAGGAUACUACUUUACAUUUCUUACUGGUAUUCCUGUAAUGUGGGCUGCAAGAAGAAUGAGAAGCAUUUUUCGGCAUUACUUUAUUUCCUCAAAAUGUAGAAAAUUUGUUUAUGACGUCAUCACAUGGAUUGUUACACAGUUGGCAAUUUCCUACACUGUUGCCCCCUUUUUCCUUUUGGCCACUGAACCAACUGUUAAGUUAUACAAGUCCUUGUAUUUCUACUUCCAUAUUGUUGUAUUUAUUCUAAUUAUUCUCCUAUCAAUAAAGUCAUCUAAUAACCAUCAAGUAACUUUCCCUAAGAGGACUGCUUCAUCUACCACAAACCAUUUUAAAACAAAACAAAGCGAGAAUGUGAUAUUUCAUUCCAGAUGAGACGGAACCAUGUGCAAUGGCUACUACCUACCAAAGGGAGAGUUCAUAGGGACCAAGCUGACUAUUGCUUUUAUUUUAAAGACUGUUAUAUAUUGCAAACUUUUAAUACUUGGCUUGUCUAUUUUCUCAAUGAAUAACAUUUUGGAGUAAAUCUGUUU